UGGUUGGGAACAACCAAGCUAGGUUGGCAAGGGUGGCCAACUUGGAUGGAUUGGUUGGGAAGGGACAAAGGUCAAAGUUGAGGUUCCUAUAGGGAGGGAAUCUUUGUGCUUAUGGGGUUUCCUUGGUUGGGGACUCUCUUGGGACCUUCCCUCUCGUCCCUCUCUUUCUAUCCCAACCUUUCUCUUGCUCCUCAAAUUCCUUGUGAGAUUCUUGAACUUUGAUUGAACCUUUUGAGAUUGAGUUAAGUUCUCCUCCUACAGCUUACCCCCUAAUGCGUCGAAAGCCAUAGCGUCGCGAAUACUUCAUCAAUCAACGUGAUUCAAAUUGGGAACGGUAGCUGAGAUUAAGAGCUACAACAUAUCCAAGUUUCGCGACAUUCCAACGGCUAGUUUUUCGUCGACGUUGUUUCUUGUGAAGACGACUUUUCUGUCCAGAAUUUCGGAUUUAUAUUUUGAGUAAUUCUAGUUCCUAAGUUCACCUAGACUCCGUCCUUAAUCCUAACAAGUGGUAUCAGAGCUGUAUUAAGGACGUUGAGAGGAGUCUACAGAAGUGCUUGUCUGCUAACCUUCUCUCUGUGCGGCGACUGCAGAAGAGUAAGGCCGAAGUGACCUUUGGACCAACCAGCUGCCGUGCUAAGCUUGGGAAGAAGGUGCUGUGGAGUCUGGAAGAGGAGACCAGCUGCAUCAAGGACCUGUGGCAGCUGCCCAUCAUCCCUUGGAAUGGGAAGACUCCAACAGCAGUAGAGCAGCAGCAGCAGCAGCAGCAUGAGUCUCCAUCUCGAGUUCCACACCCGCCUGAGCGUCCUAGGAGGGAUGUGCGCCCUCCAGUGAGGCUGACCUAUGGGGGAAGAGGCAGGCCGAAUGUGGUGCAGGCUGGGAGUGUGGUUGAGCAGAUUGAGGAAGAUGAGAUCGCUCACUGCUACUGGGCACCAAUCCCUGAGCCCAAGACUCGAGAGGAGGCCUUGAAUGGACCAAAUGGGGAGAAGUGGAAGGCGAGUGAGGAUGAGGAGUUCGGGUCCCUAAUUGAGAACGAGACAUGGGACCUGUGUGACUUGCCUCCUGGAAAGAAGGCAAUCACUUCCAAGAUGAUCUACAGGCACAAGUAUGGACCUGAAGGGGAGCUGACCCGCUACAAGUCUAGGCUUGUGGCACGGGGGUUUCAGCAGACAAAGGGGAAGGACUAUGAUGAGGUGUUUGCUCCUGUGGGGAAAGGAACAACACUGAGGGUGCUGUUAGCGAUAGCUGCACUCCUGGGAUGGAAGAUACGGCAGAUGGACAUUGUGACUGCCUUUCUGAAUGGGAUCAUUCUGGAGGAGGUGUACAUGAAGCAGCCAGAGGGGCUGGAUGAUGGGAGCGGCAGGGGACAAAGGUCAAAGUUGAGGUUCCUAUAGGGAGGGAAUCUUUGUGCUUAUGGGGUUUCCUUGGUUGGGGACUCUCUUGGGACCUUCCCUCUCGUCCCUCUCUUUCUAUCCCAACCUUUCUCUUGCUCCUCAAAUUCCUUGUGAGAUUCUUGAACUUUGAUUGAACCUUUUGAGAUUGAGUUAAGUUCUCCUCCUACAGCUU